AUGUACACAGCACGUGAGAUAUUGGAUGCUUUCUACAAAGCCGAACGACGAUAUAUGGCCGCGCCACCUGAUAAAAGAGACUUUGAAACAAUUGGAGCGACCCUGGCCCCGGACGUUAGGAUGGAACAAACGUCAGCUCUGCCAUACGCUGGCACAUAUAUUGGAAAAGAAGGCAUGCAGGAGUGGACCAGGAAAAUGGCAGACUACUUCGAGAUUGUGGACGUUCAAAACCCGGAAAUCUUUGAAAAGGAGGGAUCGAAUCGUAUAGUAGUCUUGUCACAGGUUCACUUCAAGGUUCGGAAGACUGGAGACGAGAUGAAAUUUCCAUUCUGUCAGGCCAUGACAGUCGAUCUUGAACGCGGUGUAAUCCAGGAGUUGCGACCUUUCUACUGGGACGUUGAAGCUGUGAAUAGGGCACUGGGGUAUUAG